AUGAAUGUCAAGAGUCCCAGACCGGGAUGAAAGGUCAUCUCAGCAGGCCUCCUGUUAGUAGAGAGCUGGAAAGGGCAAAAGCCAGAGGAAGGAAAGAUCAGUGGCAGCCGGUGGUGGAAAGGGUGUUGCAGGUUGAAUUCUGGGAUCUUUACAGUUUUCAACGUCAUCAAUGACUAAUUUAAUAUACAAGGGGAUCUUUUUCACCUCACAGUUCCACUCAGUGGAAACACUCAGCUAUGUGGAAAAUGAAUUCCAACUGUUGGAUGAUGAUAUAGUGGGUGUCACUUACCUCAAGUCAGGUACCCAUUGGAUGCAGGAGAUCUUGGGCUUAAUCCGGCAUGAUGGGGACCCCUCAUGGAUUCAGAGUUUACCAGUAUGGGAACGGUCACCCUGGAUAGAGACUAUUUUUGGACUGAAGCAAGCCUUGAAAUAUCCACCACCCAGGCUUUUGGCUAGUCAUCUGCCAUUCCACUUAUUCCCUAAGUCCUUUCUCCACUCCAAGGCUAAGGUUAUCUGCACUGUGCGUAACCCCAAAGAUGUGCUGGUUUCAUUCUACUACUUCUCCAAGUGCUUUGAAGUAUACAAGGACCCUGGAACGAUGGAAGAGUUCAUGGAGAGGUUCCUGAGUGGAAAAUUGCCUUUUUGUUCCUGGUUUGACCACGUGAAAGGCUGGAUGGAGAUGAAGGACAGACCCAAUGUCUUCUUCAUUGCCUACGAAGAAUUACAGCAGGACCUGCGAGGGAGUGUGGAGAGGAUCUGUCGCUUCCUUGGCAAAGAGCUCAACAGCCGGCAAAUCGACUCUGUGGUGGACAAUGCUUCCUUCCAGAAGAUGAAGGACAAGAAGAUGUCCAACUUUUCCUUAGUCCCAGAGAGCACUUUUGAUCACAAGAAAGGAACGUUCAUGAGGAAAGGCAAACAAAGAUGCUUCAAGAUAACUUAACUAAUUAUCGGGUGAUUGUGAUCAUGAAAAAUCUACCUUCAGUCAGGGAAAGUCUUGAGUGAGCAAACUUUUGGGGGCUCUUGCAGAUGAGUUUUUUUGUUGUGCACUCACCCUUCCUUAUUCACUGAAUUUUUCAGAGGGUCCUACUCUUAAAUUGCUCCUGUUCAUAAAACAAACGAUUGUUGUUUAAAUGGAGGUUGUCUUUGUCUGUCAUGUAGGUGGGAAGCACAGCUGUAGCGGUGGUGGUGCCUGCAUUUGCCCCCACUUGGCUACAGGGCUGACUCUCAUGCACCCAAAUGCAGAGCUUGGAAAAGUUACUUUUUUAAACUACAACUUGCAUCAGCCCCAGCCAGCAUGGCCACUGGAUUGGGCUGAUGGGAGUUGUAGUUCACAAAAGUAACUUUUCCAAGCUCUGCCCAAAUAUACAGAAGAGAACAGGAGAGCAUGGAUGGGCCUGCAAUGACUGGAGAGCUGGAUGAUUCUGAGGGCUGCCUGAAACUGGGCUGAGGGCCACAAAUUCUUCAUGCUAUCAAUGCCAAGGGCUGUUUAGCAUAAAAAUUUGACAGGUUCUGAGCCCUUAUCAUCUAUUUGGCAAGCAAGCAAAUCCAGCAGGUAUAACAUUCCCCACCACUACAUGGCUGCUUGCCUGAGGUCAAUCCCAGCACGGCCACAGAUUCAGAGUUUCCCCUCUACAAAUAAACAAAAGAGGUACAACUCUAGCUAACUGAAUUUUCUUGGCCAUGAUCAAAAUGGACGGGAAGCAGGAAAGAUUGUGCUUGGACUUCUUCACAUUUCUCUGUGUCAUCCAAAAUUAAUGGAAAAUGUAUGCCCGUUUCCUAUUUUAGUCAUAGGAUGUGGAGAUCUCAGCUGUCCACACAUUCUCCCAUUGUCAGGACUGGAUUUACUUCAUAUGAAUGUAACAUGAAUGUAAAUGGCAUUUGUUGACACCAGAUUCCAAAGCUGAGAAUAUUAAUAGAGUUACUGAUUACAUUUCCAUUGGGUUUCCAUUCUGUGAACUGUAAUGACAGAGAAAAGGUAAAUGAAAUUUACAUGUUCCCUACUACAUCUCCAUCCCACACACCCCAAUAAGAUUAUGAUGGUUGGGAAUAAUUGUGUUCUUCUGUUAUCAUCUGACUCCCUGUCUUCUUGCUAUGCACAUUUACUGGGAUGUAACAAGCUCCAGUGAAAGUUACUAGAUGGAAAGAUCAGUCAAUUUCGGUUCUCUCAGUUUCUCAUUUUUCCAGUCUUAAAUUCAGUGGUUACACAUUCUCUUGUGAUGUUCCAGGGAUCUCUGGGGACUGGAAGAACCACCUGACAGUGGCACAGAGUGAACACUUUGACCGUGUUUAUCAGGAGAAAAUGCAGGGU